AUGUCGGCGGGGAAAGGUUCGACAGCUGAAGUGGGGCCGGGGACUGAUCGGGCCAGUGACGGUGCACGUUUGGGUUUGGAGCUUAUGCACGACCUGCUUGGAACGGCGGAGACCCGGCAGACUGGUUUGGUGGGCAAGGAUCAGGUACAGAAGAACGCAGGAUUUCUUCCCAAAGGCGAGAGGUUUGGAGAGAAUAACUGGUAG